GAGGCUAAACCGCUUUAUUGAUAAAUCUACGCCUGGCAAUAUGUUUCACCACGUAGUAUCAUAUAGACGAUCUCUUGUGUUGAUACUGUGUACGAUAUUGUUUUUGGAGACUCAAGCUGAUUCAGAUAUAUGCAACAUAUGUAAUUGUAAUUCACUUAAAUCGAAUGUAGAUUGUGCAAAGCGCAAUCUAACAUCAAUUCCACAACCAAUUCCGACGAAUGUUGUAUAUUUAUAUCUUCGGAACAAUAAAAUUUCAAGGAUUCAAAAAGAGAUGUUUCAAGGCCUUCACAGAUUACAGGAAUUAGGUCUUGGUGACAACAACAUUUCAACCAUCAAAGAAGGUGUAUUCACGAGGCUUUCAAAUUUAAAGACAUUAGAUCUUUCCGGCAAUAAAAUUUCAAGGAUUGAAAAAGAGAUGUUUCAAGACCUUCACAACUUAGAGAUAUUGUAAGUUCUUUCAAAGUUGUCGUUUAUACAUGAGGAAUA